GUCUAAAGAAGCGAUAUGCAUUCCAAUGCAAGACGUCAUUUGAUUUGUUGGCUCUUUUGUGCCACAGCACAUGCUAAAAGUCAUAUUUCUAUUAAUGUAUAGAAACACAGAAAAUGUUUUUGAUUCCUAUUAUUCCAAAUAUCUGAAAUGUAGCUGAAAUUUUGAUGUGCCAGUGAAUUUCUCAAACCUAUAAAUGAUAAAAGUAAAAACAAACUUGGCAUGAUUUUAUAGGUGCUAAACAGCCUCAUUCCUAUAUAUUUAAUCAUGAUCACGUGACAAAAUAAACCAGUUUAGAUACAUGUCAGGAGAACAGGCUUACUGUGUUUUUAUUUUGUUGGAUGCUUUGCCUGGAUGAUAUUAUUUAUAUUUAAUUCCUUAUAUUUAUAUUCGUUUCAAUUUUCAUGUCGGGUAAUGGCUACUAGUACCAUUAGGACUGUAUUUAAACCUCUGAAUAUGAACUGUGCCAAUGGUUUUGCUGCAGAUGAGAGAAGUACAUUAACCAGGGCUGUCUCAUUGAUGGCCGACAGUUACAGUUUAUUGUAUUUUAAGUUUUCACCCAGGUGUAUAAAUGGAUACCGGCAAGUUUAAUGCUGAGGGUUACCCUGCGAUGGACUAGCAUCCCAUCCAGGGGGGAGUAGAAAUACUCUUAGUUACCUUACGCUACGGAAACCAGGAUAAUCUCGGGCCUGAUGGGCCUCUUGGCUCAUAUGUAAAUGUAACCUUAUUUACCUCUACUGUAUUUUUAGUAAAGAUCCCUCUAUAUGUCAAUUUACCUUGAGGUAUGCUUCUUCUAUAAAGGUUAUUACAUAUGAUAUGCUUUUAUUGUGAGUUCAGGUAUUAAAAAUGAUGACAAGAAGCUCCAAGACAAUAUUUCACCUUCCAAGAUUUUUUAGCUUAUUUGGAUUUAUCUUUUAUUCUUUCCUUUUGCUCCCAGACCAAACAGGUAUCUGUUUUGUACUUUUGGCCAAGUACUUGAUUAAAGAUAACAUCAACACUACACACUUUUCUCAUGCAAGAAGUGAUUACCAUAACAUUUUUAAGGAGUGGUUUUCUUUUCAAUUUUUCCCCCACUUUGACUUAUUAUAUGCACAGUAAAAGAAAAUUAAAGGGGGAACAUUUGCAUGUUAUGAUUGUUGUAUUAGGGGUAAACGUUUUUGAAUUGAUUGUUAUGUGAAAACCUCUUUCUUUUACUAUAAAUGUGAAUUAAUUUGAUAUUACUCUCACAGACAAACCAGUUUUUCCAAACAAUCCCACUUAUAAAUUAGUGCAUAUAAAAUUUCAGAAUGGUUUUAAAUAUUGAUUGAGGAGGAAAUAAUAUUAUUGCAAAGAAAAGAAUUGCCCUUUCCGGUGAUUAACUGUCAAUAAAGUUGAUGUGGUGGAUUUUUUUGAUUAACAGUCGAUAGAAUCUGCUAAUAUGCUAUUUCCUUGUUAUAUGACCACUUUCCUAAUUUUCUACUUAAAACUGCAAAAUCUGAAAAAGUUGUCUCUGUGAUUGCAAACUUACAGUAUAAACAUUUAUUGCUUUUUCCUUAUAAAUUACUACACAUGUUAACAAAAUUUUAAUAUCCUCGCUUUAGGGGGAGCAGGACAUCAUAUUAUUCGAAGCAAGAGUUUUCCACGUGUGAUAUCUUUCAUUAUUAAAUUAAAACAUUUUGCUGCACGCAUUUGUAAAUUGUCUUCUGAGCACAUCCUAUGAUAUGUGAAAGAGCAUGUAUUUUGCAUAAAAUUGUAAUAAACACAGGAUGUUCUGUCUAGCGUUAAAUUAUAAAAGGAAAUCUUUAUCAUGACUGAAUUUACAUAUAGAAAGCAAUUGCUGCUAAAAUUUUGUCAUAGUUUGAGCUUAAGCCUAAUUUAAAGAGUGUUCCUGGGCCUUUUGUCAGUGAAAUUAAGGGAUUUAGAUUAUAUAAUGGGCAAACAAAACAGUAAGCUCAAACCUGAAGUGUUAGCUGACUUAAAGCAAGAAACAGAGUUCACUGAACUUGAACUCAAGGAAUGGUACAAAGGUUUUCUUAAGGACUGUCCUAGUGGGCACCUCACUGUAGAUGAGUUCAAGAAGAUUUAUGCCAAUUUCUUCCCAUAUGGAGAUGCAUCCAGAUUUGCUGAACACGUCUUCCGUACAUUUGACAAGAAUGAUGAUGGCAGUAUUGACUUCCGUGAAUUCAUGUGUGCGCUGUCAGUUACGUCACGGGGAAAACUGGAUGACAAAUUAAAAUGGGCAUUCAGCAUGUACGACAUGGAUGGCAAUGGAUACAUCUCUAAGGACGAAAUGUUGGAGAUAGUCAAAGCAAUUUACAAGAUGGUAGGCACUGUUAUGAAAAUGCCAGAUGACGAAAGUACUCCAGAGAAACGUACUGACAAGAUUUUUAACCAAAUGGAUACAAAUGAAGAUGGAAAGCUUUCUCUUGAGGAAUUUAUUGCAGGAGCAAAGAGUGACCCAUCCAUUGUCCGUCUUCUACAGUGUGAUGCAUCACACAGUGCUUGAACAUAGAGUAUUUAAAUAACAAUAGCAGUGUGUAUAAAGCUUGACCUUUGCAGUUCUGAGUGCACUGAGUAGCAGCGAGGAAGGCAAAAUAAUAUUCCCUGGAUAUUUCUUUCCUUCACUUUGCAAGUUUUCUUAUGUUACUUGUUUUCAAGUGUUUUGCAAUAAUUAUUGUUUCUGCAAUAUUUUUCUGUUGUGGUUACCUAAAUUUACUUUAAUAUAUCAUAAAUUAGUAUUCAUUAUUUAUAAUAAUAAUAAUAAUAAGAAGAAGUAGAUUACUUGAAUGCCAAAAGAAAAUAGAAAAUUGACAACUAAUGAAUGAAUUAACAUUCUUAUUUUUUCGGGGGAGGGGGGACUUCUUGAUUUUAUACGAAAUGUACAGAGUGAAUGUUAAUUUUAUCUUUAAAAGUGCAUGACUUUUUCUUGCUAUUUGCGACAUACAUUAGUAUGCAUACCCUUUGAAGAGGCUCUAACAUGUAUGAAAAUUUGGCUGCUCUUUUAUUUAAUACCAUGGUAAACUUGAUAACAUGUGUAAUUGCCUUGAUGCACACCUAGAUGAAGAUAUUGAGUGAUAGCAACCAUUUGUCCAAGACACAACCUUGGCAGAAUUUGAAAAAGUGUGCCAUACUUUUUCAAUUUGAGAUCUCAACCUGGUACAUGUGAUAGUUGUGGUAAGACCCAUGCUCUACAAAGUUCAUGUACUUUAAUUUAUAAGAAACUUAACUACAAGUAGACAAUCACUUUUAGGUUUCCAGUGUUAGAAAUGCUUCUUUUGGCUUUUGGCUUUCGGUUUUCAGAGUGAUGCCAUGAUAGUGCCUCUUGUGUCAAAUGUCAAAUUGUCACUGAAAUUUCAUUUGAUAGCACUAAACAGACAAGACAAAAUUUUGUCAAGUUGCAGUUUACUGUAUGUGACUUAGAAAUCAAGCACUUUGGAACUCAUGUUGAAAGUUGAAGUCUCAGAGUGAAAGUGAGCAGUCUUGUUGAUUUCUUCAAAGCUGUUCCAUUUAAGGGGGCUCCAUAGGGUAAUUAUUUAUGGCAUUGCAUGGGCAAGUCUUGUGUUUUGAAUGCUAUUUUUGUUUUUGUUUUUGCACCCAGUCCUCUCAAACUUACUACAUGUAAUAAGCAAUGAUUAAGUAGUG